UGCCCGGGACGCGUCCUCCUCGCCUCCCAACUUUCCCUGGGUACAGCAGCUCUGGGCUUUCGUCCUCCCUUGGAUCCUCCCUUCUAGCCAGUCAUCUCCCUAACUCCCGGCCUCUCUUGUCCCCCGGGAUCUUCCCUUUCAGCCGAUAAUCUUCCCCCAACUCCUUGUUUCCCUCCUCCUCUGGGUCCUUCCAGCCAGUCGUUAUCCCCAACUCCCAAUGCAGAUGCAGCAGUUCUGAAAGUCUCCCUGCCGCUGGCCAGCUGGUAUCUUCUCAUCUCUAUUCCGUUUUUACUGGUCUGCACAAGGGGGAGAGAAAUGAGGGCCUGUAGAGUCAAGAGACGCAAGAAAAAAGUCAACCCCUGAAAAGUGGCGAAGGGACAAGGAGAGAUUUAAUCACAUAUUUAGUAUUUGUUUCUCAGAGUGACACGCAGAAGCCUAAAUAUCGGUGUAUUUCCCCCACCCUUUCAUUUGCUAGCAAUUAUAAAUCGUUUAAUACUUCCUAGGGAGUGAGACUGUAUGACAUUUUAAAUUGUAUUUCCUCUACAUAAGUUCUGUCACACCAGAGGUUAUAAAUGGCUCAGAAAUCCAACUCAUUGGUGUGACUAAUUAAUUAUCUGGGCAGCCAGUACGUUUAAUUAAAGUAGAACUUGUUGAUCUCUUGAAGAUUUAUAUUGAAAAUUGACAGGUUGGCGCUUGACUAACUCAGUAUUUUAAGCUUGGGAAAGAAGACUGGUGUGUGUGUGUGUGUGUGUGUGUGUGUGUGUGUGUGUGUGUGGGGUGUGUGUAUGUGUGUGUCCUAAGAAUUUUGUUUGUACAGAGAUUUAAAAUAGAAUUGGUUAUUUCUUAAGUCUUAAAGUCCCAUUUUUUUCAAAUCUUGAAACACAUUGGUAAUUGACUACCGUCUUUAUCUUGGCAGGAAUCUUAGAGAAAAACAUCUUUGUAACAUCAUGGAUAUUUUUAUUUGCCAGCUUAUGUGUGUGUGACAAACCUAAAUCCUAAAUGUUAUUGCCAUGAUUCCUUUUUCUAAAAUUUUAAAGCAAAGAAAAUUUGGGAGUUACAAUUUUAUUUCACCAACUGAUAAUUCCGAUACUUUCUCUAGUCUCUUCCCCUAAUAAACAUUAACCUAAGGAUUUCCAUUUUAGAAAACACUAAAACAUGAGGAGGGGCCGUGAGAGGCCAUCAGUGACAAUGCAGGUUGACUGUAUGGCUAUUCUCUCUGUUAACUAAAACGUUGGUCGGGAGGGUCUUUAAGGUGACGUGUGUCAGUCAGGCCUGGCUCGCAGAGGCCCUGGGCCAGGCGACAGGUGUUUACUCACAGACAUGACAGUUCUUUCUUCUGUGAAGUAUGUUUCUGUGCUGUGGUGUCUAGCCGGCAGUGUGAAAACAGGAAUGGGUUCAGUUUUUUAGUGUGGUUUUCAGCAUCCACCCUGUUUUCCCCACCAUGCUCUGCCAACCCCCUCUUCCAGUAUCCUUCCUUCUCCUUUCUCCCCGCCGGGAGCUGUCACCAUCAGAAGAAAUUUUUUAGGACUUCUAGAAGCAUCCACCCUAGUGCUUUACCCAGGGGUCCUUUACCCAGGGCAUUUAUCCGUGCUUUGAAUCAUGACAUCUAUUCUGAUUCUAAAACCUGAGGUAGAUCUGAGGGUUAGAGGACUGGAAAUGAGUUAACUCCUGGUGAAAGUGAGGUUAUGGCAGAACUCACAGUGUUCUUAGCAAAGAUAGUUUCUUCUCCCGGAGUAUGCUUCUUGAUGGAGACAGGGAAGAUGCUUCCCUUUCUAUCCCCAAGCCAGGACUAGUCAAUCCUGAGUACUAAAGGAGAGGAAAAUUUUCAAGGCUUUAAGUAGCCAGCUGCUUGCUCUAGAGCUUUGGUGAGGCUGCGCCGCUGGUCUGUCGGGCGCCUGUGGCUCUCAUUGUCUGUGCUUUCCCAAGUCAUUCACUCUCCCAGACUGACUGCUUCCCCAUCUUUGUGAUCCACUAUUGAGCUGACUGUGGUUAAGGUCGUCUAUUCUAUUUACUUUGUAUUUUUGAAGACCCCUUUGACAUCUGUAGUUCAGAAAGUACUUACUUAGUACCUAUACCCCUUCACCCCACCCCCACCAGCCUCAGCCUUGUUCACUUCUAUGCCUAGAGGAAGUGAAUACAUGCUUAUACUUUGGAUGUCCUCUUAGGUUCUGUCUCCCUCUUUACACCCUACUAGAAGAAGGGGGAGUAAUUCACAUAUUCUUAUAUAUGUGCACAAGUAGACCAGGCCGUGGCUUCAUCCUGGGCUCUGGUCCUGGCUUCUCAAAGAAGGCUAAAAAUAAGUAGAAUUCCUGAUAAUCUUGGUCAGAGGUUACUACCAGCUGGGCUUGUUGGUAUCGCUGUAUCAGUUAAACUGACACGUCAGACCAACAACUUCGUGAAGUUCGUGUCAGUUCCAGUUGAGCAGCUUGUUUUAUGAAUAUCAGAGUUAUUGGUCUCUUACGUGUCCCUGCAUUUAGAUGCCAGCAGAUGUAACUGUAGUGAAAAGUAGAGAGACCCAGGAACACUUACUGCUACUGUGCAUGAUGAGCCAGGAAAAGGCUGGCAAUGGGUGUGAAAGUGUGUUAGCCUGCAGACGUCCAGGUGAGUAUAUCCAAGGGACAGCCUCCAGCCACACCCAGCACCACACGGAUAUAACCAGCAUGUGAUGGAAAGGUCCAGGGGAGCCCUUUUCCAUUGCCUUUUUAGAAACAAAAAGAACCUGUUUAGAAAGGAUUUGUGGUUGCAGAGACAGACUGGCAAAAUGUAAUGUUUCCUUAUUUAGAUGUUAUGAAUAGAUAUUAUUUAUGUGAAAAUGUUUUAAUAUAGGAAACUUUUUAUGUUAUAUAUGAACUUUAGUACAGAAAAUGUUACAAGGCUAUUUCUCCUCUGGCCUGUUCUUUCAUGUUCUUGCAUAUAUUAAAUGCCACUUAUUGAAUUCUCUUGUAAUAUCUAGAUGUCUCAUGUAUCUGCUGCAAGAUCCUUGGGGUAGUUAAGGUUAUAAAAUCUUCUAUACAGCUGACUGGGAUUACCUACAGACUUUCCUGAGACCAGCAAUAUUCCCCAUUAUUUUGACAUCACUCAGCCUAGUAUGUUUCCAUAAACACGGUAAAGCCACAUAUUUUUUUAGUCUAAGCUUUCAAUGUUGUCCAAAUAUUUUAUUAACCAUAAAGUAAUUGUAUAAUAUUAUUAAUUUUUUGUGGGCUAUUGUGUCUGUUUCAUGACUUUUGGGGAAGAUGUACAAAGUAUCUUUUGUUCAUUUUCAAGAGCUCAGGAGACCUGUGGGAAGGCAUUUAAUGACUUCUUUGGGUAGAGGUUUCUAUCCACAUUAACAAGUCAGGCUCCAGUGGAUUGAAAUUGCUGUUGCAUGAAAUUGCUUUUCUAUUAUUUACAAUUGUGUUCUUUUCUUGAAAUUUCUUCUUUCAGAGAAGAGUUCCAGCCACAAAUGCAUUUACCGCUAAGGCGAAGUGCAGACACGAAAAGGAUACUUCCAUUUGAGUGUUUUCAGAUAGGAUUUCAUGCCUUUCUCGUGUUUUCCAUGCUCCUGACUUUCUUUCCUAAAAUGUUUAAGAUUGUAACGGUUAAACAGCUUAGGACUUGCAAGCUCAGUGUUUCUGAAUGAAGAUCACAAGUAGAGAUUUUAUUACAGCAUAAAUACCUCAGAGGAGUCCUCGGCCUAGGUCCAUACUGAGUUUCUUCAUCAGCUGUGACCUGAAGCUUCAGCUCCUAGGAUGGCAGACAAGCUUCCCACAGAGUUUGAUGUGAUUAUAAUAGGGACAGGUUUGCCCGAGUCCAUCCUGGCAGCUGCAUGUUCAAGAAGCGGACAGAGAGUUCUACAUGUUGACUCAAGAAGUUACUACGGAGGGAACUGGGCGAGUUUCAGCUUUACAGGUUUGCUGUCCUGGCUGAAGGACUGUCAACAGAGCCAUGACAGCGAGGAAGACACGACCGCCUCGUGGCAAGACCUGAUCCAUGACACCGAAGAAGCCGUCGCCCUUUGCAGGAAGGAUGGAACCAUUCAGCACACAGAAGUCUUCUGUUAUGUCAGCCAGGAUGCUGGGGACAGCACUCAAAAGACUGAUGCUCUGCAGAGAAGUCCUUCCUCAGAGGCAUCUGCUACCCUGGCUGACUCUCUGGAUUCUGCAGGCUUGCCCAAAGAAAGGCACUCAGCGUACUUUUCAAGCCACGAAGUGCCUUCUGAACAUACAGAGAGAAGUGAUAGAGAGCCUUCAUCCUCCCCAGCUGAUGCAGAGAACUCACUGGAGAAAGAAAAGGAGCAUGAAGAUGAAACUGGUACCCAGGCGGUUUCAGAUGGAGAUAAAGAUGAAGACACACUUGAUGUAGAAGACAACACUGAGAAACCAAAGAGAAGCAGGAUUACAUACCCUCAAAUGAUUAAGGAGAGCCGGAGAUUUAAUAUUGACUUGGUAUCAAAGCUGCUUUAUUCUCAAGGAUCAUUGAUUGAUCUUCUAAUCAAAUCAAAUGUUAGUCGUUAUGCAGAAUUUAAGAACGUCACUAGGAUCCUUGCAUUUUGGGAAGGGAAAGUGGAACAGGUGCCUUGCUCCAGAGCAGAUGUCUUUAAUAGUAAAGGGCUCACUAUGGUUGAAAAGAGGAUGCUAAUGAAAUUCCUCACAUUCUGUCUAGACUAUGAACAACAUUCUGACGAAUACCAAGAUUUCAAACAAUGUUCAUUUUCUGAGUACCUAAAAACUAAACAGUUAACACCCAGCCUCCAACAUUUCAUACUGCACUCCAUUGCAAUGACAUCAGAGCCGUCCUGCACUACAUUAGAUGGCCUUAAAGCAACCAAAACCUUCCUUCAGUGUCUUGGACGGUUUGGCAACACUCCCUUUAUAUUCCCUUUAUAUGGCCAAGGAGAAAUUCCCCAGUGUUUCUGCAGGAUGUGUGCUGUGUUUGGUGGAAUCUAUUGUCUUCGCCAUAAAGUCCAAUGCCUUGUAGUUGAUAAAGACUCCGGAAGAUGUAAAGGAAUCAUAGACCACUUUGGUCAGAGAAUAAGUGCCAGCUAUUUUAUUGUGGAAGACAGUUACCUUUCUAAGGAAGCGUGUUCAAAUGUGCAGUAUCAGCAGAUCUCGAGGGCCGUGCUCAUCACAGACCGGUCCAUCCUGGAGACAGAUUCAGACCAGCAGGUUUCCAUUCUGACAGUGCCUCCGCUAGAGCCAGGGACCGGUUCCAUUCGGGUCAUGGAGUUAUGCCCAUCAACCAUGACAUGCAUGAAGGACAGCUAUCUGGUCCACCUGACCUGUGUCUCUUCAAAAACAGCCAGGGAAGACUUGGAACCCGUGGUGAAGCAGUUAUUCAUCCCUUUUGCAGAAGCAGAAGACCAGGAAGAACUCAGAAAACCGAGACUCUUGUGGGCUCUUUAUUUUAACAUGAGGGAUUCCUCAGGGGUGAGCCGAAGCUCGUACUGCGGCUUGCCUCCCAACGUGUACGUCUGCUCUGGGCCUGACUGUGGACCAGGGAAUGAGCAUGCCGUCAAGCAGGCGGAAGCACUGUUCCAGGAGAUCUUCCCCAACGAAGAGUUCUGCCCCCCUCCACCAAAUCCAGAAGACAUUAUCUUUGAGGGUGAGGGUUAGCAACCAGAUGCUCCUGGAGUCAGUUACCGCCUAGCUUGACACCCCAGGGACAACAAGAACUUGCAAAGCCCAUGCCACCUUCAAAAUUAAAGCAGACUGGAAAUAUUUUCAUCCUGACCUUAAAAUAGCGUCAUUUGAAAGACAGCUGCAGUUUGUGGUAAGCGCUGUUGACAUGUCUUCAACACUGAGACACUGGGUACCAAAUAGCUCUGCUAAUCUGUCAGCAGCUAACUGAUUUGUGGUGACUCAGCCUUUUUGGUUCCUAACUGGCUCCAGGAAUCCAUAAUCUCUGAGUGUCGUUAGCUUUCUUUUACUUUUGGGUCCCACAGUGGCAACUUUGCUUAUCUUAAUAGGUAAUAUCGCACUUGCUUCUGUGUUCAGGUUUUAUCAUUGUCUACACAAAACUAAUGUCCGAGGACUAUUGUAGUUACUGCUGUAGCUACUACUGCUGCUACCACCUCAGAUGCAUAGAGGAGCACGUAAGUCCUAACCAUGUGAGCUGUUUGUAUAGCAUGUAUACACAUAGAGCUGGUAGUAGGAGUAGCAGCUGGUACAAGUGUUCAUUUGAUAAAACACAACUGUCUGUUAGAAGCGUGGCCAUGGUCCUGUGUCUUGGGAUUGAUAUUUACAUGUGAUUUUACCUGCUUGACCUUUGUGACUAAGGAGGCAAUGAGCCUGCUGUGCCCUGCUACUUUGCAGAAAGAGUGCCUCUUAGGAGUCGAAGAAGCUCAUGUAUGAGAUACAUUGCAAUCAGGGCAUGGUGGCUUAUUCAUGUAAUGCUGUCAUGUAGGAAGUUGAGGCAGGAGGACUCCUGUAAAGUCCAGACCAUCCUGGGCUACAGUUGAGUCUCAUUUCAAAACAAAACCACCCCCCUACCCCCAAAAGAAGUAUAUUACAGGAAAAUUAAAGGGACCAGAUUUAUUCAGAAAAUUUCUAUAGAACUGACACUAACACUUAAGAGAACUUCUAACAAUUAACUGAGGCUAGCAUUAAUUAAUAAGUUACCCUAGGAAAAGGUUCUUCAGGAUAGGUGUUGAGAAUAUUCCAGAAAGGGUUUCCCAAGGAGGAAUAGUGGUGCAUCUUAACGCGGAGUUAUAGAUGUCUAUAAAGUUAGAGGUUUCCUCAUCCAGGUUUCUCAGGGUGAAGCAUGACACCUGGUUGGCUGUACUGCUUUAUAAACAUUGGUAACUGACAGAAAAUGUCUCUUCUACUACAUGUCUGUUACCUGGAGAAUGGGAUGCUUUCCUCCAGAACCAGCUGCUGCACCCCAGCAGUGAAUGCUCUGUACUGUGAGAAGAGGCGCAAUGUGUGAGCAGUGACGGUCUGAGUAUGCUCUCGCUGCCCGUUAGUGAGGAAAGUGAGCCAAGACACUUAAGUGAAUGACAGUGCGCUGAGAGGAGAAAGCCAUCCGUUGAUCUUGGUGUUGGUUUUUUAAUAUAAUACAUCCAUAAUAUUGUGUAGAUCUUAAGGAUUAAAUCCAGCAGAACAAAUGAAAUACCUGAAAUAUCCUAAAAGUAGCAAUUAAGAGAAAAACAAGUCUAAGAUAGGUAAAAUGGAGGUGAGGGUAAUUCAAACCCACUUCGUAAGGUUUGUCAGCACCACAGUCUGUUCAGAAGACGUUAAAAGAAGGGGGCAGGGUUGUAAAAGAUAAACAGACGCUAUAAAAGACAGAGCUGAAUGUAAUGGGAAGGGUUAGACUAGGCCAAA